UAGCCGACUGCUAUUAAAAGCAGUGGGUAACAAAGCAAUCUUACUUUAGUACCUGCAGAGAUAAACGGUUACUUUGAAAACGAUAGCUGCCCAGUGUCAUCGUUCUUAAUCAAUCUUCCUCUCUUUCCCUGCUUCUGGACUUGCUGAAACUAUCCUCAACGAUGGAGAUUUCCAUGAAAGCGGCAAUCCUUUUUCCUCCUCCAUUUCCCAAAUCCAACACAGCGCACUGGAAGCCCGUUAAAGCUCCUUCACUUCGCUUCUUGAGGAGGAAUGGAGAGGGCAAUGCCUUGUUUAGAGCUCACUCAAAAUUAGAGGUAGAAAGUGAUGACAAUGCAGAGAUGCCUCAGGAAAAAUUUGGGCCAUCUAAUUUUGAAUCAGAAGUGAAACACAAUCACAUAUGGCAGCUCUUCAAAGAGGCUCAGCGAAAUAUUCUAUACUUAAACAAUCAGCGUCUUCUGGCUGUUGAAGAACUGAAAAAAGCAAACCAAGAGAAACAGCUGUUGCUUGACAGAAUAGAGCAAUUGGAGGCAGAAAAGCAAGCUGGUUUUGGAAAAGAUAAACAAUCUUUGUGCUGUGAAUUGCUGCUUCGGAUCGACUCAAUGGUCCUCACUGGCAUGAUUAACACUGCAGAGUCAUCGAAUUUGAGAAAGGCAAUCAUGAGUUCCAAAAGUAGUGUCGCUGAUAUUUCCUUCGACAACUUGCAGAAAAGUGAUGCUGAGCUUCUGUCAGAACUUCGGAACUUCUCAUAUGGAAGCAAAAAGAGUGGUUUUCACAUUAUCCAUAUCUGUACUGAAAUGGCACCAGUCAUAGAGGUUGGAUCCUUGGCAUCAUAUGUGACAGGAUUAUCUUGUGCACUGCUGAAAGCGGGCCACUUACCAGAGGUUAUUUUGCCAAAGUAUGCAUCUCUGAACCUCAAUGAAAUUCAAGGGUUGCGAGAAAUUGAGGCAGAGUUCUACUCAUAUUUUGAGGGCCAAUUGCAUGGAAACAAAAUUUGGACAGGAGUCGUCAAUGGCAUAGGAGUUACUUUUAUUCAACCUUUGUACUACUCAUCCUUUUUUAACCGUGAGAAGGUAUAUGGUUACUCAGAUGACUUUGAACGGUUUGCCUAUUUUUCUCGUGCUUCAUUGGAUUAUAUAACAAAAUCUGGAAAGCAGCCUGAUGUGUUACACACACACAACUGGGAGACUGCUAUUGUUGGACCACUUUUCUGGGAUAUUUUUGCUAAACAGGGACUUGGAGGUACCAGAAUAUUGUUGACAUGCCAUGGCUUUGAGUCACAGGGCCUUGAGCAACCUGAGAAGCUAGUGCUUUGUGGACUUGAUCCUGGUAGACUUCAUCGUCCUGAUCGCUUGCAAGAUAAUUCUAAACCGCAUAUUAUCAAUAUUCUGAAGGGUGGAGUUGUAUACUCUAAUAAAGUUGCAGUAGUGUCAUCCAUGAAUUCCAAAGGCAGGAUUAUUCACAGUUUGAGUCAUGGAUUAGAAUCUACCUUAUCCAUUCACAGUGAUAAGUUGCUUGUUACUCCCUAUGGAUUUGAUGACUCCACCUGGGAUCCUUCCAAAGACAGAUUUCUUCCCAAAAAUUACAAUAAAGAUGACUUGAAAGGGAAAGCUGUUUGCAAAGUUGCAUUGCGAGAACGCCUAGGGUUAUCUGAAAAUUCCUCUACCAUUCUUGUAGGAUGCAUCUUUUCAGAAAUGUCAGAUUCUGAUGCGGAUAAACUGAAGGCAGUUGUUUGGAAUGCUACCGGGAACUCUGUCCAGUUUAUCUUCAUGGGAAGCAAAAUACCAAGUGCAAACAGGUCUCUGGAAUCUCUUCAGAAAGAGCUCCAGGGUGAAAAUGUGAGAUUCAUAAACAAAUAUGAUGAAGCUGUAUCACAUCUAAUCUUUGCAGGAUCUGACAUAAUACUCUGCCAAUCUUUUCAUGACCCUUUGCUCCAAGUGCCACUCAAAGCUUUGAAAUAUGGAGCAGCUCCAGUUGCAUUAGCAUCUAAUGACAACAGAUUCAGAUCUGUUGCAGAUCAUGAACAAGAGGCCACUAAAUUCACCCAGUUAAUUAGCUCUACCUUCGGAAACAUGUCUCUUAGUGAGGCCCUCAAUGAAAUUAAUAACAACCCAUCAAAAUGGAGGCGAAGUAUAAUAAACUCCAUGGCAAUGGACUUCUCCUGGAAUGCAGAGUGCUAUGACAUUCAUGUUUCUGCAUACACAGCCCUAAAAAGUUUGUGAAGUAGAUGCCACUGCAUAUGUCCCCAUGUUCAUAUGUAGAUAUUAGACGUCCAGAGUCUACGGUGGAGUUUGUGGGUUAGGGAACAGAUUUCAGCUUCAGCAUUGCUAAGUUCUGGCCAUCCAAUUCCAGGAUAUAAUGCAAAGUAGCAAGGACUUAGAACCUCGUAUGUAAAGUUCAGUGAGAUUCCACUUGACCAUGUCAUUACACGGUGUAGUUUUGUAUAUGUUUUGGACUCUAGUUCUGUAGUGUAGUUUUUGUACAUGUUGACUCCAUGGGUUUUUAAUGACAUAUCUAAUAACUUUUAAAUUUA